AUGAUCAGCGAUGUCCCAUUGAGAGCUUACUAUGUACCACCCGAUCAAGAUUCAUUUGUAUGUUCCGGAAUAAAUGGUAGUGGUAUGACAAAAUGUUCAGAAAUCCCAAAAUUACGUCAAGGCAAUGUAACAUGUGAAUUAGAUCAUGACGGGUAUAGUGCCACACAUCGUCCGACUAAUGGUUGUAUCAAUUGGAAUCAAUAUUAUCGAUUUUGUAAUACGUCUGAUAAAAAUCCAUUUGCCGGAUCAAUUAGUUUUGAUAAUAUUGGAUUAGCAUGGGUUGUCAUUUUUCAAAUAAUUUCAUUAGAAUCAUGGGUUAAUAUUAUGUAUUAUAUUCAAGAUGCUCAUUCAUUUUGGGAUUGGAUUUACUUUGUUUGUCUAAUUGUUAUUGGCUCAUUUUUUAUGAUUAAUUUAUGUUUAGUAGUCAUAGCUACACAAUUUUCGGAAACAAAAAAACGUGAAACCGAACGAAUGCUACUUGAAAGGCGGCGUUAUUCUAGAUCAAAUAGUACGUUGGCGAGUAGUGAAGAACCCGGUUCGUGUUGGGAAGAAACAAUCAAAUAUCUAGAACGUUUGUGUCGAAAAGCACAUAAAAGAUUUAUGCGAUUCUACAAGCAUUAUCAACAAAGACGGAAAAAAGUAAAUGUUUUAUAUCUUUAUUUUUAA